AUGGAUUACCGCACUCUUUGCCGGGCGGGAGAAAGUCCAGGAGGAGGAAGAAGAACGAGAACCAGCGCGAGAAAAGGAAGGAACCACUGCCUCCUGGACUAUCCCAACAGGAAGAACUCAUUUCCGGAGCCAGCGGGAGUCCUUCACCCAGAUGGCAGGCUCAUCGGGAUGCGAGACCAUUCUCGGCUUUCGCGUCACUAUCUGUCUGACCUCAUCAUCUCCUUCAUUCAGAGCCAAAUGCUCUUCCACUUUCCGAUUCAUCUCCUCACCCGUCAUCUGCUUUCUACAGUUCCACUUCCUGAAGGCCUUCCAUGUCUAAAUGAAUCCCAGAUACGAUGGUAA